AUGCAUAAUUUUACACAAUUUGCUAUUGAAUUAAAUGAAGAAGAAAUGGGUAUUGCACCGACAGAUUCGAGAAGAAGACCUGAUCAAAGAUUGUGUGAACUUGGAGAGUUUGGGGCUGCCAAUCGUUUAAAAAAGUGUUUAGAACAGGCACAAAGGGAAAGAAUUAAAGAAAUGGGGAAAGAUUAUCAACCAAAAUGGUUUGUUUUAUUAAACGGACUAUCAAAAGAAGAACAACAACCAUUGUAUAAAUUUACGGGUGAAUAUUGGAAGGCAAAAGAAACGCAAAAUUGGGAUAAUUGUCCUGAACUGUUUGCUGUUUAAAUCUUUACAUUUUAAAUUCUUUCACAUCUUUUUAAUUUAAAAAUAAAUUCUGGAUUUCUUUAUUUCAUUUUUACGUGCCAUUUUAAAGCCUAAUUUUUCAAUCAAUCUAUUAUUUGCAUUCUGUGAACAGGCUGAAGAUAGUAAAGAAAUAGUAUUUAGCUUCAUUAUAAACUCU